UGUUGGACAGGAUCAUGAGUUCUCCGGUGAUGAAUCAAGACAUGACCCAAGAGGUUCUUUCUUAUCUUCCGGCUUCAGAUUUGGGAAAAUUCAGGCUCCUAAAUAAAGAAUGCAACAAGAGAAGCUACGAGUCAUGGUUUCUCGAUCUCAAUCUCCACAGAACCAAUUCUGUUUCCGGAUGCUUCCUACAAUCACGAUACUAUGAACAAGGAUACAAAAUUCGAACCAGUUUUAUCCAUGAGAGGAGUAAUUUACAAAACAACGACGGAGUCUCCAUCGAUUUCCUGCCACCGGGAAACAACGUCAAGAUCAAAGCUUGUGAUGCAAGUCAUGGGAUAUUGCUCUGUGUUAAUGACAGAGGAGUAGUACCGGAGUACAUAGUCUGCAAACCAACCACAAAACAGUAUCAGAUCAUACCUAACCCAAAUGGGCGGAGUUGUGAUAGGUCAUUGGGGAUAGCUGUAAUCGGGUUGGACCCUUUCCGGUAUAAAAUAAUUAGGCUUUCGAAGACGUCCGGUAUGGAUCGGAAUCUAAGAACUUUAGCGUGCGAAGUUUUCGAUUCCGGUUCGUUUGCGUGGAAGAGAUUAAAAAACUUGCGUCUACCAAGAACAGACGGUUUAAUUCUUUCAAACCCGGUACAAGCUUCUGGAUUCUUGCAUUGGAGAUCGCGGAACGACAAUGUGAUCCGGUUCUGUCUCAAGACCGAGGCUUGGUCUUUCUUGCAUACUCCCAACUUUGGUGUUUUCCCAAAACUGGUCAUAUACGUAGGGAAGCUAGGUGUUAUUCGUGAGUGGACAGGCAAAGAUCAAGAAGAUGUUCGCGGGUUAUGGGUUUUAAAGAGCAGUAUUGGAAAGUCGUGGAUAAAAGUGAGAGAUAUUAAAAGCAUUGGGGUGAGCGAUAACAUUCUCUGGACUCCGAGCAACGACGUCGUAACGCUUUGGGGCUGGGAUCGUGUUUGCUUCUACACCAUAAACACAAAGAGAUUGAAUAUUGUUCAUACAAACACGGAAUUUGCUUAUUACGUUUGUUUCCCGUUUUGUUCUGAUUACGAGAGGGUUGAUCUGGACCAACGCCAAGAAGACACUGGCUGA